ACCUAAAAGUGUCGGUUAUGUUUUUUAAAGUUUCUGCGCAGCUUUUGCGCUGCUCCCGCUCCACGGACGCAUUUCCAGGAAAGGCGGCGCUACUUUUCGGGAACGAUCCCUCCCCCCCGUUCCACGGGCGCCUUGACCGAGGCCCUGUUUCUGUAGCUUUUCGCAUCCUGCCACUCACACGCCAAACCGUGCGGCUCUUCCAUAGCGGUGACUGUUCUGCCACUUUUUAGAAGCACGCAAUUUCAUCUGUUCGAAGGAGCGCUGAGUUCGGGUUCCAUGAAAGUAGGACCUGCGCGGCCGAGGCGCGCACGGCGAGCGGAGCGAAAGAUGGAGCAGCGCGGCGGAUCUCCGGGAGGAAUCAUGGUUGUUUGAUUGCAGCGCUGGAGGACCCUAGAACAUGCUGAAACAAGACUUUUCACUGGAUGGAAUCGCCAGCAGUGACAAGGAUGUUGAGUAUUCUCCUUAUUCUCACACUGAACCCCCCUGCUCAAGUGCACGGUGAUAUGGUCAGACUGGUGAAUGGUCAUGGGAACUGCUCUGGGCGAGUAGAGGUGUUCUACAAAGGCCACUGGGGGACGGUCUGCGACGAUAACUGGGACAUGUUGAAUGGACACGUGGUGUGCAAGGAGCUGGGCUGUGGCAAGGCAGUGGAGACCCCAAGGAGGGCACACUUUGGGAAAGGUUCCGGCUUGAUCUGGCACGACCGCUGGCUGUGUAAGGGCAAUGAGACGUCUCUGGCAAGCUGCAAGUCCAAGGCUGGCCGUCUCGACUGCAGCCAUGCCCACGAUGCCAGCGUGAAGUGCUUCAAGGACGAAGGUCAAGGUUCCCUCAAGGUCCCCCGCUGGGCAGUUGCUCUAGUAGUGAUGGUGGCUCUGCUUGCUGCAGUGCUUUUCGGAAUCUCCUGGUUCCUCUGCAGGCGCUUUGGACUACAGAAACUUGAGACAGCCCACAGAGUGUGUGAGUCCAACAUUUACACUGUCAUCUAAGCAGAAGAAAGCACACAGUAUUGAUUAAUUCAAGAGAAGCAUUUCCGUGGUAUUAUGAAGGUAUUGUGAAGUCAAAAUGUGGAUUCAAUUUUACAUGUGUCAUCUGAGAGCUGUUGUAUGCUUGUACCUAAUCUUACGAAAACGAUUUGGAUUGGGCGUCAAAUCGUAACUCAGAAUUGUUUGCAAGUUCACCCAGUACGUCUCAAUCAAUGAAAUCUUAAGACAGCUUAAUUCUUUGUAUUAUUAAAAACCACAGAUAAAGCCAUAAUAAAUUAAACUUUCUCCGUAAGACUUAUUUACAAGAAUAGAAUAAAUAAAUAGCUCAAACAAAGCAGGGUCUCAGACUGUUUACUGUACUGUGUUCUGCUUUGAACGUGGAAGGUGGUAUUGGAGAAUGAAACAAAGCAGGGUGAGUUUCAAUGUAAUGAAGGAUUGCAUGAGGAGAGCAUGUUAAAAAGUGUUUCACCUUACAUGCUGAUGGCAUGUCUCAUGGAAAAAUAACAGAACUGGCUAUGAGGAAGAGUCCAGUGCAUUACAAAACAUGUUUGUCAGCAUUUGGUUAAGUUUGUAGUCAAAAAAGUGUAAUAAUAGAAACAUGCCUCUGUUUGUUCAGGCGAUAGUUUCUGUGUAAGUUUCAGUUAUAGGUAUAAUAAAAUAAAAAAUACACUGCCUGCCCCCCUUCCUCUCACAGUGCCAUUUGAGUUUCUAUUACUGUAUCUCUGAGUGCGUUUUGCUGCCCCUAAUGGUGGCAAGAAAAAAGUGCAUGCUAUUUUCACUCAGUUAGAGGCAUAUUUUCGAAAAUUGGACGGUAAAGAAAAUGCCAGUAAAAAUAAAUAUAUAAAUACGGAAAUGUUUUUAUCUUUGAAAAAUUGUGGCUCACAUGUUUGAAGCACAAGGUACAAGUGCACUUUCAUAUACUGUAUGUUAUAGAUUUGUCCUGUAAUAAUCACUGAAAUCUUGUGCUUCAAAGCAGGUAAAAUGUAUUUCAAUAAAAGGGUUUCAUCUGCAUAUAGAAACAGAUCCAGCCUGUUUACAGUAAUACUUUGCAACGUUUCUGUGAAUGUAAAAAAAAAUACCAUUAUUUAAAUUAAAUGUUUUAAGUGAUCUGAAGUUAAGUUUGUAUUUGCAUGAGUUGCAUGUUGUAAAUAUAUUACACACUGGAAUGAUAGAACAAAGCCACUUUUUCUACAUAUAUAUAUAUUUUUAAGAAGGUAGAAAAAUGUCUAUUUUUGAAGCAUGGUCUGUAUGAAGUAUUUUCUUCAUAUUUUUAUUGACUUCUUGGAAUGUUGAUAAUAAAGUGCUUGAGUGGAAGAUUCACUUCUUACUCACUACUGUAUAUUGACUUUAAAUCUACCUUCAAAUGGAUGAGCCCAAACCUUUCUAUAUAAAUCUACAGUAUACUUUAUGUUUUUGUCAAUAAAUCUUAAAGUGGUUACUACCUGCUUAAAA